AUGUUUCGAAAUCAACAAGCAUUCCCUGGCCAGCUGCCUUCCAAUAUGGACUAUCAUGCUUUAUUACAUUCGCAGAUUUACGAAUACUUCCUCUCAGCCGGGAUGUAUAGCUGUGGACAAGCACUUCUUAACUCCGAUUAUAACCUGCGGCACCAAGUCAUGCAUGCUGCAGCCCAGCGAUGCACUAACGAGCCGCGAAAUGCCACACCCUCUCUGUUAGACUCGGGUUUUGGAAGCUCAUAUUCGUCACCAUACGAGGAACAAUGUCCUACAGAGCCAGUGGAUCUAUCAAAAUCAGAAACUGAGCCUGCGCUGUACCAGUGGUUUUGUACUUUUUGGGACGCCCUGAAUUCCACUCAAGCCCAAGCUACUAGUAUUCCGGUGCAGGACUCCUGCUUGAGCUAUCCGCCAGAUUUGCCUCAACAUCUUUCCGAAUCUGAUCCAACGAUAAAUCCAGACUUCCUUGGCCUUCUGUCGGGUAUAGAUGUCAUUGAGUCAUCACCUUCGGAAGUGGAGAGCUUCACAUUACAAUGUGCCAGCUGGCCACAAAUUGCCGCGCACAGCGAUACAGCAUCAAUAACGUCGAGAAAAAGACGAGCAGAUAGCACCCCAUAUAGCGAUACGACAUCGAUAACGUCAAGAGAAACACGAGCAAGUAAUGCAGGGUUAUUGUCUUUCCAAAAGGUUCUUGAUGGACUGAUAAAGCAUAAUGAGGGAAUGCUUAAAGAACUGCGGUCACAGGAGCAGAAUAAGACCGCGAAGCGUGGUACGAAGCGGCCUGACCCUUCAGACUUGUGGAAAUAA